GGCGGGGUCAGUAUUUGGCAGGUUCGUCCCUGGAGGGUGUGUGCGAGUGUGUGUGUAUUAGUGUGCGUUUGUGUGUAUGUGUGUGUGAACGUGAGUCUCGCUCUCUAAGCAACGAACGACUGCAAUCCGAAAAAGACACCAGGAGCCACAUUAGUUUUUUUUUCUUUGCAAUGCUCCGGCCGCUGUGUUCCCGCUGCGUGCUUUGAUCCGGUGGAAGUUGUCGCCUGUCCGGGCGACCUCCUCAAAUCGAGCCGGAAAUUGAUGCCUGUGGCGCGGCGUCGCUGCGUGUUUUGACCGGUGUAGCUAGAAAGGAAUCCUGCAAGAGGGAUUAGCGGUCCGUCAAUGAGGAACUACCGGCUCAUCUUCUGCCACAACCUGAAGCAGCCAUAGAUGGUUCAGUGGUUUACUGGCCAGGGGAGGAGAGGAUAGGACACACUUUCACUGCUACACGACGUGAGGUCUUGGCGGGGUUGUGGUGAGGAGGAGGAGGAGGAGGAGGAGGCGGCCAUGAGGAAGAGCGUGUCUCCGUUGCCAGGCAAUGAGGGCGGGAGCUCGGCCGGCACCACACGAGUUUUUGGCGUUCCUCUGGAGGAAGUGACACGCACUCACACCAUCAGCGGCCAUGAGGUUCCUGCGCUGGUGAAGCACAUUGUGGAGUACAUCGAGGAGCACGGUCAUCUGGACUUGGAGGGGCUCUUCCUGGUGAACGGCAACGCGGAGCGCGUGGAUUGGCUGCGUCAGCGCUAUGACAGCGGCGAGGAGGUGGAGCUGGAGAAGGAGGCCGACCUGGCGUCGGCGGUCAGCUUGCUGCGGCUCUUCCUGCAGGAGCUUCCCGAGCCCGUCAUCCCCACGGCAAUUCAAGGACACAUCCUGCAGCUUCAUCAAGAUUACAGCAAUGAAGAGGAUGUGUGCAGAAAUCUGAAGUACCUGCUGCAGCAGCUUCCCGCACUGAACUACGGCCUGCUGCGUUUCCUCUGCCGCUUCCUGUCCAGCGUGGCGUCCCUUCAGCAGGAGAGCUGGAACAUCGGGGCGCUGGCCGCCGUCUUCGGACCCGACAUCUUCCAUCUGUCCACAGAGGGAGAGGACCUCCGGGACCAGGAGUCGGUCAGCAGGGUCCUGGCAGAGCUGCUGGACAACCAGGACGGCCUGUUCGACUCGGAGGACGACGACGUCUCCACCACCAACGACUACAGCUCCAUCAACGAACAGAUCACUGAGCUGCUGGAUGAUGAGAAGUGUGAGGCGGAGUGCGAGGAGCUGCCUCAGGACGGGGAGGAAGGUCCCGCCUCCUCCGAAUCACCCCAACACACACACAGUGAAGACGAAACCACAGCCAGCUCACACCUCUCCCCCAUAUCCAUCCUGCCUGCUGACUCCGCUGCAAUAAUUCAGCGAACCAUCAGAGCCGCAGUGGAGCAACAUUUCUACGAGCUCAAAACAUCCAUCGACCAAGAACUCAACCAGGGGGUGAGUCCCAGUGAGCCUGCAGACCAUGAAGAGGAGGAGAGGCAACCUGAGGAGGAGGAGGAGGAAGAGGACAGCCUCACACAGGAGCACCUCAUGAAAGACUCACAGGACUCACUGGACUCUGUCGCCGCCCUGGAGGAGAGCUCAGGAAUGGAGCUGGACGCCGAAGCUGCUGUGGACGCUGAGAACAACCUGAACACUGCCAGGCAGGAGGAUCAGCCCUGUGAGCACUCCGUCACCAUCACCUGUGACUCCAGUUCAUGCUGCUGCGACCAGAACGCCAACACCAGCGAGACCAACAGGAACCAUCUGACGCCAUGCCCGCCCGCCUCCGGCCACAACCCCCACCUGCAGCUCUUCCCGGACAGCCCGUGGGAAGCAUCAUCAACCCCCUUCCAUCUCCAUCUCCCUCCCAUCGACUUCUCAUGUAUGCAUCUGCAGAAAGAAGGCCAAGACCCCGUCCCGGCGUUUAAAUCCUGGCAGGACGAUAACGACAGCGGCGAAGCGCAGCUCUCCCCGCUGGCCGGCCGCAUGGUCCCCCUGCCGCCGCUGCCCCUGGAGGAGGACGGCGAGCAGGACGAGGGGGAGGGCGGGCGGUGCGACUCCCCCUCCUCCUCCCGCUCGCACCCCCACCUCCUGGCGCGCCGCUUUCUGGAUUUCGGCGCCCACGGCGCCCAGCGGUUCCUCCAGCAGGACGCGGACGCCACCUCACCCACCAAAGCACAGAGGCCGAGGAGGGCGUCGUUCGGCUCCAAAGAGGCGAUGAGAGGCGGAGACUCGGUGACUCACCAGCUCACCAAGAAGCUUCAGCAUCUCAAGAAGAAGAUCAAACAGUUUGAAGAGCAGUUCGAGAAGGAGAGGAACUACAAGCCGUCUCACGGAGACAAAGCCGCCAACCCCAAGGUCCUCAAGUGGAUGACCGACCUAACCAAGAUCCGCAGGCAGAUCAAAGGACGCCAGCACCACCUUUUACCCAGAAGCACGCUGAGGCACCAGGCUUUGCUCCAUUCACACAGACGCCACCACGCCCCCUCCUCCUCCUCCUCCUCCUCCUCCUCUGUCUGCUCACCCCCCCAUCACACACUCACCCUCCCCCUCCUCCCCUACUCAAGCCUGAGCUCUAGGCCGUUUCACCUCAACGCCAAACACCGUGCAGAGAUCGAGCUCGGCCCCCAGACUCGCCCUCGCAGCAACACCCUGCCCAAAAGCUUCGGCUCCACGCUGGACCAGAGCGCCUUCGACGCGGCGGCAGAGGUCAAAGGUCCCCGUCCCACCAGGGAGGAGACCCUGGAGCUGAUCCAGCGGAGGGUCAAAGGCAAGAGGGCGGAGGACGGCUGGCCGGACGACAUCAAGAAGAUGACGAAGGAGCAGCUGUCCUGCGAGAAGACGGUCCUCCAGAAGAACCUGCUGCACUACGAGGGCCUCCACGGCCGGCCGGUGACCAGAGAGGAGCGCCUGGUGGUGAAGCCGCUGUACGACCGCUACCGGCUGGUCAAGCAGAUGCUCACCAGAGUCAGCAUCACUCCCGUCACGGUGUCGCCCUCCAGCAAGAGGCGGAGUCAGACCCUGCAGCCCAUCAUCGAGGGGGAGACGGCUCACUUCUGGGAGGAGAUCAAGGAGGAAGAGGAGGAGGAGGAGGAGGAGGAGGAGGAGGAGGAGCGCCGGGGCGGCGGAGGAGCAGAGGAGGAGGAGGAGCGAGCGGAGGAAGAGCGGGAGGAGGAGGAGGAAGAGGAGGAGGAGGCGGAGAGCAGCGGCGGCGAGAUGCAGAGUCCGGAGGUCAUCAUGGCCGUCGACCUCAUGAGUCCCACCGACGGGCCGCUCAAGACCCAGACCCAGACCCAGACCCCGGACCGGGACCCGGCAAUGAGGGACAAGGUGGAGGAGGGCUCAGGGAGGCUGGCCCUGGACCUGAGGCUGUCCAGCUCCAACGCCUCGUCCAUGCCCGAGCUGCUGGAACAGCUGUGGAAGGCCCGAGCAGAGAAGAAGAAGCUGAGGAAGACCAUCAGAGAGUUCGAGGAAGAUUUCUAUCAGCAUAACGGGAGAAACGUCCAGAAGGAGGACCGGGUGCCCAUGCUGGAGGAGUACAGGGAGUACAAGAGGAUCAAGGCCAAGCUCCGCCUCCUGGAGGUCCUCAUCAGCAAGCAGGACUCCUCCAAGUCCAUCUGAGUCCCCAUCAUCAUCAUCAUCAUCAUCAUCAUCAGGAGGCCACGCCCACAUCACCUCUGGCCUCCUGGGCUGCGUCACGUCGGGGGAGGAGCUGAAAGAAAACCCCGAAGCUUUUAAAACCUUUUAUCGGUCUGAAGUCAGAGAGGCUCUCCCAAAUGUUUUAUCCAAUCAUUUUAAAAUAGUUAUGGUUUCCCCCACUUCGUUAACGCAGCACACAUACACACACACACACACACACACACACACACUUUUUCACUCAGACUGUGUGUUAUGUUUUUGUUUCCUGGAGGUCUUCACCGUCUGAACGUGCUUCAGUGUGUUUGUGUUGAGCGACACGGAUUCACAGGUUUAUCAGUUUCCUUUGAGUUUCCUGGUGAGAGCAGAUCCAUCGGAGGCGGCUGUGUUUUCGUUACUGCCGCGCGGCGGCGUGGCGUGGCGUGGCGUGGCGUGGCGGGGUGGGGGGUGGGGGAGGGGUUAAAUACGAAGAGACGAGGAGCCAGUAUCUGGUCCGCGCUGCUUCUUCUUCACUGAACCCAAAAAGAGUGGAAAGCAAUGUGCAGGUCGUCUGAGCAGGUUUCCACGAGCGACGGAGUCUGUGAGGUGCCAACACUGCCAGCACUGAUUUAUUUUUUUAAAACAAAGGCAGCGAGAGAGAGAGAGCGUCCAGUGUGAGGAACCUGGGUUCGAUUCCCUGCUGGCAGGUCGAAUGAGGGUUUGUGGAGGGUGCGAGCAGCAGACGUGGCGUGGGAAGCUUUCGGGCGGUUUGUGUGUUCACAGGUUUGAUGUACAAAGAUGUUAUUUGCACAGCAUUCACCGAAUGCAGCCCUUCUGUGUGUGUUUUCCUUUGUAUUUCUAGAAACGAGGCACUACUUCUAUACAAAUAUAAAUAUAUACUGUACAGAAAAUUAAAAAAAGAGAAAAAAAACACCCGAAGGAAUGAAUGUCAGAAAUGUUUAAAUUAUUUCAAACGUCCUGUUUGGCCCCUUUUUUUUUUCUGGUUCAUUACAUUUGUGAUGCCCUGAGAAUGUGUUUUGUUUGUUUGUUUGUUUUUUCUUCCUUUUUUCUUUUUUAAAAUGCUGAAUAUUGCUAAAAGCUAUCAUAAAGCGUUCAUUUGUGUGAUCCUGACAGUAAUGACUAAUCCUUUUGUAUCUACUCACUAACUGUAAAACCAGCCUGUUCUCUCAUCUCCUGUAAUAUAAGCUAAUAGAAGCAGUACUGUAGUGAGCUUGCAUGGCGAAAACACAACAUAAUCGUACGAGAAAAAGAAAAAAACAUGAUGUAUUGUUUCCAUUGUUUGUGCCAUGAAGAAGAAGAAGAAGAAGAAGAAGCAGCAAUAAUAGAAGUUUUCUUUGUGUGGAGGUUUUUGAAAACAAAAUAAAAAAGGCUUCAGGUCAUAACAGAGGUGAAGGGGCAGCACCAUGGGCUGAGGGACAGGUGUGUGUGGAGCUAUGGGUGGAGUUUUGCCCUCAGUGUUGACUGGCAGGCUCGCGUCUCCCUGACUGCCAGUCCUUUUUCGGGGAUUAAAAUCCCAAAUUACAGAUAAUUCUACAGGUGCAUCUCCAAAAGCAGACCUUUCCGUUCUCCAGAGAGUGAAACUUUUACAUUUUUUACAUUUAACACGCAAACUGAAAUCAUUCAAACCUGUUUUACUGUUAUUAUUCAUUUUUCACUUCAGAGUAAAGAUCACCUACAACACGAGGGUCAAGUGUUGUUGAUCAGGUGUUUUUCACUGAUAUUGUCAUUUUUGGAGAUUCACAUGUAAACACACACACAGUGUGUGUGUCUGCGGCCCAUGGUGUGUGAUCAUCUGCAGUACAGUAUCUCUUGUCUUCUUGUUUUUGUUUUUAUUUUAUCGGGAUGUCUCAUUCUGUCCCACUCUGCCGACUCGGUGGGUUUUCACCACUGCUGCACGGCUGAAAAACCAGGAUCUGUGUGUGAAGAGGCGACGACGGCCUGGAAACUUUCCGAACCUUCUGAGGGGCUUCCUCCCUCCUCGUCUCCUCUUCCUCAGCUCUCUGUUCUUUUUCACUGUGUCGGCAGCACACAGGUAGAGCUCACCUGUCCUGUCUGUGUACAGUAAGCUUCAUGUGACGGUCCAUCCUCAUCCUCUGUUUUAAUCCCAUCGAUAUAUGGUAUGUAUCUAUAUAAAUGUCUUUUCUUACUUUGUGAAUGCUUCUGUUGUUUCUUCAUUGACUUGAAAAAAAUGGAUGAGAAAAUACAAUCAGUAACAAAACAUUUGACACAUGGAAAUAAACUUUACAAGCUUGCCACAA